GUCCAAGUGACAUCCCAAGUAGCUAGCUAGUUUAUUAUUCGAUUCCUGGUUAUCAAUUCAAUCUUCUGCCCAACACCACCAUAUCUUUGGAUUGAUUCUCAUUCCUCAAUCAUCUACCGUACCUACGUUCCUAUAUAAACCCACCAUGUCUAGCAGAGCUCACACAAAUUAAAGACAUCGAUCGAUCGAUCGGCAUACUAGACAUCAACACGUACAAUAUUCAAUUCGUGUUUCUCUUCAAACCCACAAAUGGCAUCACUAAAAGUUGAGAAACCCGCCAUUGGCACGCAGCUCUUCGGCCAGGUUAAGAAGGAGACGACACCAACCAAGGCCGGAGGUGAUGGAGCCGCCUCCAAGUCCAAGUCAAAGUCAUCCGCUGGUUCAAAGGCCAAGAAGGGUUCUGCUGCUGCUGCACAAAAGCCUCUGGCUCAAGGAACUAAGAAGAAGGGGAAAGGAGGGAAGGCAGCAAAGAACUAAUAAGCACCUAGAGGAGCAGAAGUGAGGAGCUAGCUCAUGGUUAACGUAACUAAGCAACCUAGUAAAUUAAGAUGAAAGACGAUUGUGUUACGUAAAUUUCAUGUAUUAAGGGUUGUCGUCGUCGUUCUGCUCUCUGAUAUUUUAUCGGUUAAAAUUCAGAGAGGGGAAGUGAGUACUUUGUGGUUUGAAUAUAUAUGUCGAAGGGAUAAUGGAAGCACACCUAAUAAUCUCUGAGCAAGAGCUAUUGUAACAAUCGACGUUACGGAUUGACAACCUUGAUUGAAUCACUGAUUGAUUUGUGAAAUUGACUAUAAAAUGGAGGUUAUGUUCGCGGAAUAUCAAACCAGAACAAAAUAUUACUUGUUUGCAAUAAAAACUAACUUUCCAAAAGGACACAUUCUUCCAUUCCAUAAACCGACCAUAUCAAUUCAAACAUCGAAAUAUUUAAAUGGAAAACAUGAAUCAUCCAACCAUCCUAUAGUAAUACUCUGCAUGAAUGAACUUUAAAGUUUCUU